AUGAGCGCGGAUGCCUUGUCGCUGUCGCUGGAUAUGAUGCGCCGGCUGCCGCCGCAGCACGUCACGUCGAAUGUUGAGGCGCUCAUGCAGGUGCUUCCAAAUGAUGCGGAAGAUCUUGCGUCGAGCGUGGAUCAGCCGCUCACGCUGCGUGUCGACGACUCGCCGGGCGGUGCAGGCCGGGAGUUUGUCUGCUGUGACUACAAUCGUGAUGGCGAGAGCUGGCGCAGCUGGUAUACCAACACGUUCCACCCACCGCUGGAUGGUGAGCCGAUCGUGCCCGUUGGCGCGCUGCGUGAAUUAGAGCUCCAGGCGAAUGACGCAUUUGAUACCUACCGUAAGCUGUACUAUGACACGGGAUACACCAGCACGUACUUGUGGGACUUGGAGGGGGAUGAUCCAAGCAAGCUCCCGACUAAGUUUGCUGGCGCUGUGCUAUUCAAAAAAGCGCUGCAAGGCCCAGCGUCGGAUGCCGCUAAAGGCACGGGGGGCGCGUGGGACUCGAUUCACGUGUUUGAAGUACACGUAACGGGGCGCACGGCGCAAUACAAGGUGACAAGCACCGUCAUGCUGACGCUUAAGCGCCAGGCGCCGGGUGAGCUGGGCCUAGUCGACCUGAGUGGGCACCUGACGCGCCAGGGCCAAGAUACCCAGGGCGUGACGGACAGCGCCAGUCACAUUGUGAAUCUCGGGCGCCUCUUGGAAGAUAUGGAGAGCAAGAUACGAAACCAACUGCAGGAAAUCUACUUCGGCAAGAUGCGCGAUACGGUGGAUCAAUUACGUAGUACCGAGGAUUUAGAGGCCUUGCGCCUGGCCCAGCAGCUCCAGGAGGAGCUGCGUGGAGGCUGGGAACGGUAA